AUGGCCGCCGGAUUCUUCUACAAAGACAUGGACUUACAGAUCAAAAUGGACAGCCGGGUUCUAACCAAGGAUGACGGAGUCACAACGAGCAGCGCCCUGCCAGACGUAGACGACACCUUCCUGAGGAGAGACAGCGUGGGGAUCUUCAGGGACAGCGUGGGGAUCUUCAGGGCCAGCAUGGGGAUCUUCAGGGCCAGCAUGGGGAUCUUCAGGGACAGCGUGGGGAUCUUCAGGGCCAGCGUGGAGAUCUUCAGGGACAGCGUGGGGAUCUUCAGGGCCAGCGUGGAGAUCUUCAGGGACAGCGUGGGGAUCUUCAGGGACAGCGUAGAGAUCUUCAGGGACAGCGUGGGGAUCUUCAGGGACAGCGUGGGGAUCUUCAGGGACAGCGUGGGGAUCUUCAGGGCCAGCGUAGAGAUCUUCAGGGCCAGCGUGGGGAUCUUCAGGGCCAGUGUAGGGAUCUUCAGGGACAGCGUGGGGAUCUUCAGGGACAGCGUGGGGAUCUUCAGGGCCAGGGUACGGAUCUUCAGGGACAGCGUGGGGAUCUUCAGGGCCAGCGUAAAGAUUUUCAGGGACAGCGUGGGGAUCUUCAGGGACAGCGUGGGGAUCUUCAGGGCCAGCGUGGGGAUCUUCAGGGACAGCGUGGGGAUCUUCAGGGCCAGGGUAGAGAUCUUCAGGGACAGCGUGGAGAUCUUCAGGGACAGCGAGGGGACGUUCACUUGCCACACGUCUCACGAAGCAUCCAGCCAGGCCGCUGAAAGUACCUGGGGUGACCUUCUCCCUCCUGAACAAGACUCUGGAAGCGUUCUGGUGAUUGUUGGAGGAACAGUCGGGGUUCUGCUCCUGUUAGCCGGGCUGAUAAUUGGAGCUUUAAAAGACGUGACUUUUUCUUUAGAACUCUCUUCAAGUGUGAGCUUCUGCAGGAGGACGGCGGUCUCUGCCGUUAUUCUGUGAUGGACUUUAUGGUCCAUUGAGUGGACUAAGGUAGUUCCAGGUGGUCCAGGUGUGUAAAGUCCUCACCUACUCCUGCAGGCUCUCUGAGAGCUCAGACACUCCAGCGUGCUUCUGUGACGAUGCCUCCUUUAAGAGGAGACGGUUGGUGACAUUUCACCCCUGCUGGAUGUUCCUCUCAGCUGUCAGUCAGAUUAUUAGAGAGUGGAAGAGUUCAGGAACAACAGCAGCUCAGCCAUGAAGAGGACGACGGAAAGCACGACCAUGCAUAAAUGAAGAAGAACGGCAUCAUGGGAGAGUUCAUCUCACAUUUGACUGAAACCAUCCUGGUCUUUGGAGUCAGACUAACCCAGCAUUUCAUCAGGAGAACCUCAGACUUACAGGCAGACAUGGUGGUGGUAGUGAUGGUCUGGACCAGGACCUGGACCACUAGAACCAUGAAUUCUGCUCUCUAGCAGAAAAUCCUGAAGGAGAAUGUCCAACCAUCAUUUCAUGACCCCAAGAUCAAGACCACUUGGGUUCUGGAGCAGGACCAUGAUCCCAAACACACCAGCAAGUCCACCUCUGACUGGACUAAAGACUAGAUGAAGGUCCUGGAGUGGUCUAGUCAGAGUCUGGACUUAGACCUGACUGAGAUGCUGAAACCUUAAACAGGCCGUUCAACUAUCCUGCAGAGAAGAAUGGGACAACAUUCCUCCACAGUGAUGUAAAGACUCACUGACAGUUAUCACAGACGUUUGCUUCAGGUGUUGCUGCCGAGGUCAGAACAUCCAGGUAUCAGGGAGAAGGUUUCCUAGAGGACCAGGUAGGACUGGAUUCAUCCAUCCCAUAAUAAUGAAACCAUCAUUUAAAACUCAGGUUAUCUUUAUCAGUAAAAUGAGUUUGAUGAUCUGAAACAUUUAAGAGAGACCAAAAAUAAAUCAGGAAGGGGGAUACUAUUUAAUAUGACUGUAGAUGGAGGACUGUCAGUGUGAAUGAGAUCAGCACUGAUGAACUUUGAACUUUGUCUUU